AAUCAGCUGACUACCAAAUGUCAAAAUCCGGAACUGCAGAAAAUGAAAAAUAAACUCAUUGUUUAAAACCAAAUAAGAUCUUGUUUUCACGUCUCUUCUGUUUUGUUUGUGUUAUAAAUAAAUAAAAUACAAAUUAUGCUUGCAAAGCAUGCACUUAUCGGCGGUGGAACUGGCUUCAUUGGCAAUCGUUUGAAUAAACAUCUCAUGCAGAAUGGCUACAAAGUCACGUUGGUAUCUCGAAUGCCGGGUUUGAAACGUAUCACCUGGCAUGAACUCGAGAAGAACGGUGUUCCCAAGGAUGUAACUUCAGUUGUCAAUUUAUCUGGACAAAAUGUAUUGGAUCCUACUCGCCGAUGGACUCCUGGGUUCAAACAAAAUGUAUGGAAUUCAAGGAUUAACACAAGUGCAGCUCUAGUGAAGGCUAUACAAAACGCACCACAGGUGAAGGCCUUUGUCAAUAUAUCAGGAGUGAGCCAUUAUAAGAAUGAUGGGCGAGUUUACUCUGAAAAUGAUCCGGUUGAAGGGUUUGAUUUCAUGUCUCGUCUAUGUUUGGAAUGGGAAAAAGCUGCAACGCUUCCUUCUAACGUUAACUGUCGUUCGGUUAAAAUUCGAACUGGAGUUGUCAUAGGCCGUGGAGGAGGUAUGAUUCAGUCUAUAAUGUUGCCCUUUAAGCUUGGUCUUGGUGGGCCUAUGGGCACUGGGAAGCAAGCUCUUCCUUGGAUUCAUAUCGAAGAUCUUUGUCGUCUUAUACAAUACUCAAUAGAAAAUGAAAAAGUCAGUGGAGUAGUGAAUGGAGUGGCACCUGAGCAAUGCACAAAUGGAGAAUUUAGUCAGACCUUUGCAAGUACACUACGCAGGCCAGCAUUCUUUCCUGUUCCUGAAUUUGCCGUUAAUCUAUUGUUUGGCAAAGACAGAUCUGCUUUAUUGUUGAGUGGUGCAAGAGUUGAACCUAAACGAACAUUAGAGCUGGGAUUCGAAUACAAGUAUCCGACGGUAAAACUCGCCUGCCAAGAGGUUAUUCAGAAAAACUGAAUCCUUAAAUAAAUUAUAUUAUUAUUUAUAUAUAUGUUUCUUUAAUUGUAACUGUUAUAUGCUGCUGAAUGUAAAAGAGGUGAACUUAAAAUAAUAGAAUCUUAAUAAUUACAUGUUAAUAAAGUUUUAAAAUUUCUUAUUCAAUUGUGA